AUGUCUUCAAGAUAUAGGGUUGAAUACCAUUUGAAAAGCCACCGUAAGGAUGGAUUUGUCGAUUGGAUCAAAGGGCUGCUGGCUACGCCGUUUGUGCUGCAUGCAGUGUCGCACGAUAUGGACGACUUGACCACCACACAGAGAGUGAGAUCUCAAUAUGCGGAGAUCUUCGACGACAUAUCGUCGUUAGUUUCGAACAAAAUAGAGUUUGACUCGAGAAACGGGCAAUUGAACGAGUCGGUGGACGACAACGAAAAGUAUGAAUUGAUGGGCAAGUCCAGAUUGAACCAACUGGUCCCUACUAUCGGUAAAUUCUUCACUGAGUUGCCGCUAGAAAAGGCGUUUUUAUGGGAGGACGCUGAACGGGGGAUAAGUGAACGCCGAAUGGUUGCACCGAGUUUCAACGAUGUCAGAAGAAUCCUUAACACGGCGCAGAUCUUCUACUUCACCGACCAGAGACGUAAGUACAGUAGGAACACAUUGAAACUGGUCACGUUUGAUGGUGAUGUCACACUGUAUGAGGAUGGCGGGAAUCUGGACUACACGAAUCCGGUAAUCAGCUAUAUUCUGAAGCUUUUGGAAUCAGACAUUAAAGUAGGCAUCGUCACGGCUGCUGGCUACGAUGAGGCAGCUCAGUAUGAUCAAAGGUUGAGGGGGUUGAUCGUCGCAAUUCAUGACUCUUCUGUCUUGACUUUGGAACAAAAGCACAGUUUGACCAUUAUGGGUGGCGAAUCUAACUACCUUUUCAGAUAUUUCGAAGGCGAGGAACCUGAUGAUUAUGGAUUUCAGUCAAUCAGUCAUGAAGAAUGGUUUUUACCAUCAAUGAAGGCAUGGGAGGAAGAGGAUAUGACUCAGACACUAGAUUUUGCGGAAAAAACAUUGCGCAAUUUGAGAGAAAGGCUGCAUUUGCCCGCUGAAGCAACAAUAAUUAGGAAGAAAAGAGCCGUUGGGAUUAUUCCUGGUGAAAGAUUUGAUCCAGUGACUCAGAGACAAGCCAGCGUUAAAUUAGCAAGAGAACAAUUGGAAGAAGUUGUUCUAACUCUGCAAGCAACAUUAGAAAGUUUUUUGCCAGCAAGAAACAUUCAAUUUAGCUGUUUUGAUGGUGGCAGUGAUGUUUGGUGUGAUAUUGGUGGUAAAGAUUUAGGAUUGCGUAUCUUGCAGAAUUUUUACUCGCCUGAUGAUCCUAUAAAACCGUGCGAAACUCUGCACAUCGGUGAUCAAUUUGCCCCAAUUGGUUCGGCAAACGAUUUCAAGGCUAGAUUAGCGGGGUGUACUAUCUGGAUUGCAUCGCCUGCUGAAACUGUAACUAAUUUACAUAGACUAUUAAUCGAGUAG